AAAAGUCUCUGUCCUUCCAAUCUUAGAGAUGGAACCAGCCUCUUCUUGGGGAAACACGCCUCUUGUCUCCGUCGAUCGGGAGAUCCACGACUUAAUCGAGAAGGAGAAACAUCGGCAAUGUCGAGGAAUCGAACUUAUUGCAGCCGAGAUUGACCGGUCAGUGAAUAAUCACCCAUCUUCGCCCUCUUGGAUUGACCGGAAUGCGGUAUUUGGAGACACUAGUUUUCUUGCUCCUGGAGGUGUAAGAAUUGGUACACCCGCGAUGACAUCGAGAGGAUUGGUGGAGAAGGACUUUGAGAAGAUAGGAGAAUUCCUGAGCCGUGCCGUGACACUCACAUUGGACAUCCAGAAUCAGUACGGUAAGGUGUUGAAGGACUUUAACUUGGGUUUGGUGAACAACAAGGAGAUCGAUGAGCUCAAGGCUGAUGUCGAGAAAUUCAUGUAUGCUUUUGAAAUGCCUGGAUCUCUCAUCUCUGAGACAAAAAACGAUUAGAUCAAUCUCUUUACACAAGAGUAAUCUUUCAUUAUUUAUGUAUAUAAUAUACAAUAUGCUUUUGU